CUCAGAUACGUAUAAUGCUAUACGACUAUGCUACUGUGACGAUCACGCCCACGUUCAAUAGUUGUGCGGCACUGUCUUUAUGAUUAUGACAUACCGGUACCGAAAACACGCGGCGGUAUCGUUCGUAGCCGCCAAUUAGUGGUCCGGAGAGAGCCAAUGGAGGACAUCGGCUUGCUUCAUGUACUCGUUUCUGCCCCUCCGGGCUGCAAGAGCCUAAAUGACUUCUUGUUUCAGGACCGAUUGUUGACUGCAAGAAAUGGCGACGUCAACGGCGAUAGGGUCAAACUCGAGCCACAUGGAACCCGUUCGGCUGAGCUUCUGACAGCCGUCGCACGCCUGCAAGCAAUUAAGCGUCUGGCAGUCACAGUUCGGCCGCUGGUCGUCCCAGCCCCGGAGCCCAGAACCUCCGCCCGCCCAGCUGCCGCUGCCACCACCCUCAUAGCGUCUGAUGCGCCCGAGUCUAGCGCUCCCUCCCUCUCCACCGCCGUG